AUGAAUGGUGGUAUGCUGCAUAUGGAAUGCUCUGGUGGAGGUACCAAGCCCAAGAUUGAGAAGCUUGAGAUGAAUGGUGGUUUACUCUACUUGAACGCAGAUGGCGGAGGUGCUGCCGUGAAGAUUGGGAUUCUAAAGUUGUCUGGUGGCGAGUUCAGCUUCAAUGCAGAUGGCGGUGGUGUUGAAGUCGAUAUUGAGAGGCUUGAGACAAGCGAUGGCUCAUCUAGACUGGCUAAAAUGGAGAUGGUUCACAUGUCUAAUGAGGAAGGCCAAAAAGCCUUCCUGAGACUAUGCGUGGAGCUUCCAAAUGGGCAGACGAUGACAUAUGAAACAACCAGCACAGAGGCUACGAAAAGAAUGCCUAGGGGCUUGCGUCUGAACACAGAGGGAGGACCGACACCACUUCAUAUGGCAGCCGAGGAUGGUCACGCCGAAACCAGGGAGCUUCUUCUAGAGAAUGGCGCUGAUUCCAACGCAAGAUGGCACCCGGGCGCGUCUCCGCACGGCAAGAUCGAGCGCCGUCAUGCCACCUGGUUCGGGAUACCCUGUGUUGACAUCUAG